AUGGUCCCUCUUCACCCAUCCCCUCAGCCGGCAGCAUCUGCCAACCAGCUGCCUACCCUGCACUCGGCCAUCGCCGACAGACGAUCCGCCUCCUAUACUUCGCAAGCCAACGACCAUGACCACGACUCCUCUCCAGCUAAAUACGUCUCCCCCGGCAGCAACAUUGACAUCCAGAUCCGCGAGUACCACAACAGCAUCAAGGCCACCCUGACGGCGCUGCUGAAUGAUCAACGAGUAAGAAAAAACCCAGACCGCAGCAAAUGCAUCCAGUCCUACCUUCUUGAAGCGGAGAGGAACUUACGAAGGGAGAAGAGAAAAUCGAUCGGCUCGCGUCCGCCUGAUCAGAAGCUAUAGCGCCUUAAGGUUGUUGGGGGAAGACAUAUUGAGAUGGGGAUGAGUGAAUGGUUGGACCAUGGGGACUGAUGUCAUUUGGUUUUUGAUGACUUGCGAUUUGCAAUAGUUCGGAGUUCAAUGGCGCUAUGGUC